CUUCAGAAGAAGAAGCUGAACAAAGUUGGUAUUUUUUCUCUUUGUUCCUCUGGCCUGACCAAAUAAGUCUUUUUUAGGGUUUCUGCUUCUGGGUUUCGAAGCUUCGAGAAGAAAGUAUCAGGGACUAGUAGAAGACGCACUAUGUAAUGUGGGUUUGAGAGAGGAUGUUAAAUUUGUCAGAUUUUGGACCUGGCUCCUGUGAGAAUCGAGACUUACCGGCUCCAAGCAGCAACAAUGAUCAACACAAGACCGUCACAGGUAACAUUUCGAGGAAGAAGCAUCGGCGUUUAAGGACAGAUGAAGGAGAUGAUGAACAGAACAACACGGAACAUGUGAGAAAGAAGAAAAUGAAGAAGAACAAUUUGGAAACUGAAGCUGAUUCAUCGUCAGACCACUCUUGUUUUGUUGCCCUUGUCACAGAUUCGAAUCUACACAAAGAUGCUCUGUAUCUUCCACAAGAUUUAACAAGCUCAGUUGGUCUUCAGAGAAAUUGCAGUAAGAUUAUUGUAACAGAUGGAAGGGAAAGAUCAUGGGAAAUGGACCUGAGUUUCGACAAUUCAUCUGAUACUUUCUACAUUAGCCAAGGUUGGAGAAGUUUCUGCGAUGAAAACGGUAAAAAAGCAGGAGGCGUCUUUGUUUUCAAACUAGUUGGAAACAUGGAAACUCCAAUUCUCAGUUUCUGUUCUACUGAAUCUAUCAACGAUGGAACACAAGGAAAUAAGAAGAACAAAGAAAACUGUAUGCAUCUGGAGAGAAAAGAGAAGCCUAUGAGAUGUAGAAAUUCAACUUCACCAAGCAAAAGCCGGUUUGUGACAUUAACGCUUACACAUGACAACCUCAUAAAGUCUAGACGGGGUCUUCCAUUGCCAUUCACAAAAGAAAAUGGCUUGGAAAGACCUGGGAUGAUAACUCUGUUGGGCACAGCUGGUAUGAAGUGGGUGGCAAAUCUUCAACGGGAAGCUUCAGGAAGAAUGGUUUUGGGAAAGGGCUGGAGUGAUUUUGUUAAGGCAAAUGGCUUAAAGACUGGCGAAUCUUUCACAUUAGAGGCAAUUGUGGAGAACAAAACUCCUAUGCUCAGUUUGUUCAGUACACGGUCCACAAGUGAGCAAGGAGAGUGUUCAAAAGAUAGCAAGAAAGAGUUAAUUUCUUCAAAACCUAGUGGUGGAGAAAAAAUGAUGAAAGCGAAUAACAUCAAAGCCGUGAGGAGAGACUCAGUUCCUGCAGGCAUGAAACGAUUUGUGACUUUAACACUUAAACAUACCAGCCUUAAAAACUUUAGACAUUAUCUUCCAUUGUCAUUCACAAGAAUAAUUGGCUUGGACAAACCUGGAAUUAUAAAUCUGGUUGGCAAAGAUGGUACAAAGUGGGAGGCAAAUCUGCUGAGGGAAAAGAGAGAAAUAAUGUGUCUGGGAAAGGGCUGGAAAAAGUUCGCUUUAUCAAACGGUUUGAAGAGCGGUGACUCGUUUACGUUGGAGGCAAUUUUGGAGAACGGAACUCUUAUGCUCAGUUUGUUCAGUACACAGUCCACAAGUGAUGAAAGCCAGCAAAGGGAGUGUUCAAAAGAUAGCGAGAAAGAGUUGACUUCUUCAACACCUAGUAGUGGAGACAAAAUGAUGAAAACAAAUAAGAUCAGAGACAUGUGGAGAAACUCAUUUCCUGCAGGCAAGAAACGAUUCGUGACUUUAACAUUUACACAUACCAACCUCAAAAAAUGUAGACAGUAUCUUCCAAUGUCAUUCACAAGAAAAAUUGGCUUGGACAAACCUGGAAUUAUAACUCUGGUUGGCAAAGAUGGUACAAAGUGGGAGGCAAGUCUUCUGAAGGAAAAAAAAGAAAAAAUGUGGCUCGGAAAGGGCUGGAAAAAGUUCGCUUUAUCAAACGGUUUGAAGAGCGGUGACUCGUUCACGUUGGAGGCAUUUUUGGAGAACGGAACUCCUAUGCUCAGUUUGUUCAGUACACAGUCCACAAGUGAUGGAAGCCAGCAAAGAGAGUUCUGCAAAGAUAGCGAGAAAGGGUCGACUUCUGCAGAACCUAGCAGAGGAAACAAGAACAGGAAUGCCACUAACGACAGUGACGAGAGGAGAGACUCAUCUUCAUCAAUCCAAAAUCGAUUUGUGACAUUAACACUCACACCAGAAGAUGUUAGAGACUGUAAACUAAUUCUUCCAAGUCAAUUCAUGAAGGCUAGUGGGAUCAACAAGCUAGGGAAGAUAACUAUCUUGGGUCAACACAAAAUGAAGUGCUUUGCAUAUCUACUGUCAAAAGAUGGAGUGGUAGCUCUGGGAUCUGGUUGGAAGGGCUUUUGUGAGGCUAAUGGCGUUAAGAUAGGAGAUUCAUUCACUUUGGAAUAUAUUGAUGAACAAGACACAUCUCUUGUGCUUAAGUUCUCUUCCAAAUUCGUAGGGUAAAGAGAGACAUAUAAAGUUUUAUUCAAAGAUGUAAAUUGCACAAGCCUUCCUUUAAAACUAGAAGCCUUUUUGUUUGCUAAGUAUAAAAAGUUUGGAUUUGGAAUCUCA